AUGCCUCCCAGAAUACGGCUGCCGUCCGCAUCAGCAGCACCGGCGCCCGUCCGCGUCCGCACCUACAACCACGCCGCCCGCCUCGCACACCACCGCCAUCACCAGCCGUCACAAUGCCCGCGGACCUACGCCAGCCUGGCCACCGCCACCACCCCGGCGCCCUCGUUUGAGCAGGUCACGACGGCCACCGCCCCCAUCGCCCGCCACCCGCCCACCCAGCCGCCGUCCUACAAGCCCGCCGAGUUCCGCAAGUCGCAGCUGCUGCGCCAGUACGCCUCGCUGCUGCGCUCCACGCCGCUGGCGCUGCUCUUCCAGCACAACAACCUGCGCGCCGUCGAGUGGUCCGGCAUCCGCCGCGAGCUGGCCAAGGCCCUGCGCAAGGUCGACGACGACCUGGCCGCCGCCGGCACCCCGUCCGCCGUGCCCGCCGACGCCAUCAAGAUCCACACGGUGCAGACGGGCAUCUUCCGCUCCGCCCUGCGCGUCGUCGAGUUCUACGACCCGCUCCUGGCCGCCGACCUGGCCGCCCAGCAGCACACGCCGCCGCCCUCCUCGCCCGCCACGCAGAGCAGCAAGCAGCUGCUCGCGUCCGACGCCCUCCUCACGCACACGCUCUCGGCCCGCGCCCACGCCGUCGCCUCGGACCGCGCCAAGAAGCACGAGCUCGAGGUGCUGCUGUCCGGGCCCGUCGCCCUCGUCACCUUCCCCGUCGUGUCGCCCCAGCACCUCGCCGCCGCCCUGUGCAUCCUCGCGCCCCAGAGCCCCGACUUCCCCGCCCCCCGCCGCAAGGCCAGCCCGGACUACCACGAGCCCGCCGUGCAGGCGGGCCUGCAGAAGCUGAUGCUGCUGGGCGCCCGCGUCGAGGGCAAGGUCUUUGACGGCGUGGGAACGCGCUGGGUCGGCGGCAUCCAGGGCGGGUUGGGCGGCUUGCGCGCCCAGCUGGUGGGCAUGCUGCAGGGUGCUGGGGCGCAGGUUGCGAAUGCGUUGGAGAGCGCGAGCAGGAGCUUGUAUUUCACCGUGGAGAGUCGGAGGUUGGAUAUGGAGGAGAAGGAGAAGCCGAAGGAGGAGGGCGGGGAGAAGAAGGAGGAGGGUGGUGGUGGUGGUGGUGGUCAAUAG